AUGACGCUCUCGGAGGACUCGUCGGAUGUCACUUUCCUCUACAAAAAUACCCGCAACAUUCGCAAUAAUAGACUCUCUGUGCCGCACGAUUGUGGCGAUCCUGAACGGGAGCCCUGGUAUGACGUUAAUGCCUAUAUUAUGUUCCCGACGGAUCGGUGGAAGGACCUAACUCCCAAAUUUAUUCUCAUGGCCUGGCGUGACUGGAAACUCACUAAAGACCAAGACUACUUACUGUAUAUGGUGCCCAUCAUUGUGGCCGUCGUCCGCUCCGUUCUAGAGAAGUGGGACAGAGAUAAUGACGGAAUAAUUGAAUGCGAAGGCUUUCCUGACCAGACUUAUGACACCUGGAAGACAAAUGGCCUGGGGUAA